CAAAUGUCGGUGCGCAAUUUUCGUUCGGGAAAGUGCAUUUACAGCGGUGAAAAACGGUCCAAAAUAGUUCGAAUGUAUUGCGCAAGUGAUCGCAGUUGAAUUUGCGAUAAAAAUACGUGAAAAGGACAAAGAUUCGGUUUGAAAAAGCGCAUUUGUUUAAGGGGCAUUUUCCACAGAAAGGUUUUUUUUGUGUGCUGGCCUGUCGUUUUGUCUUCGCCAAGCUCGCGGUUUGUGUGUACGGGAGCGAAAUGAACGUAGCUUGCUGAGAACAAAGAAGAACGAGACAGAAGAUGGUUGUGCAAGAUCGUAGUAGAAGAGUGUGUGCGUGUGAGUAUCGCAGUGAGGCGUUCAUUCGGUUGGCGUUUUGAAUGGAGUAGUAAUAAGCAUUUACGCGGCCCACCGUAGCCGAAUGGUGUAUUUUCAAGACCGUAUACUAGCUCAGGUGGUGACAUUAAACUUUGUCGAUAGAAGUGUGCGUACGGAAAAACAAAUCGAAGUGUUCUAAAAUUUGUUUUGCAGUGUCAUUUUCGAGAACUAUGCUACCAGAAAGAAAAGAAAAUCGCAGUUUUUAUUCUGUUUUCUACUCCAGUGUUGGUGUAAUAAGCGAAUUUCAUGUUGAAGAUGCUUGAAUUGCUCCCCAAAUUGGGAAAAAUACAUGUACGAUAUAGUGGUUAAAGGAAGAAAAUAACGAAGUUGCAUAUUAAUUAGGCAUCUCAGUUCUUGGUAUUACUGCUUAGUUUCUGGAGAUCUGAAACGCGAUGUCCCGUGAAACAUUACGCUAGUGUUGAGCGACUUUCCCGGAUAUGGAGUGUGACGUUUCGCCACCGGACAGUAGCAGCGGCGGUCAUCACGGUACCGGUUCGGUUCAGCAGAGGCGCCAGCAGAAGCAACCCGUUCAGUAUAACAGCACCAGCAUCAGCAGCAGUAGUAUCAACAACACCAGUGGUAGCAGUAGUAGUAACUUAAACAUUAGCGGUAACAGCGGUAGAAAUCUCUUGAACAUUAGCAGCAGCAGUAUCCGGGCGGAAUCGCCAGGCGCAACCACAGCAACAACAACAACAACAAUGGCAGCAACGUCUUCGUCGUCAUCGCAGCACCAUCACCACCAUCAUCGCAAUCAUCAUCAUCACCAUCAUCAUUCGCAUGGACAUUCCCAUCAGCACCAUUAUCAGCAACAGCAGCAGCAGCAGCAUCAACCGCAACACCAUGUCCAUCAGGAAGAGAUUACAGUUGCAUUCCCGGAGGUGGUAUCCUGCACGCCGGAGUCGAGCUUUAAUCUGUCGGAUGAUUACGACUCGAAUCCACUGAAAGAAGUCGAUCCACUGAACGUUUCCGGCAGCUCAAUGGAACUGCUAUCGUCCCCCCGAAAAGGGCAGGACAAAACUCCUAAACACAAUCACCACCUGCGACGAAAUGUUCCUAGAAUAGUAGUGAAACAAAUUCCCAAGGCGCAACAGCAGGCGGCGCAAAGUUCGCGGGAUGAAAAACGACCCACGGGUCCGGCUUCGACCAUGCGUGAGGUGCUUGCCUCCAUUCCCGGCUUCAGUGUGAAACCGCGGCGAAGGUCGAACAAGAAAAUGUCCACUGCAGCGCAGCUCGAACAGACGAAAGAGGGCUGUAUCGAUCUCGAGACGCCGGACUCCAUCCUGGUCAACACGAAUCUUCGCUCGUUGCUGAACAAGCAAACCUUUCAGAUGCUGCCACCGCUGUUUCAGUACAAACUAGUACAGUUGCUACCGUCGGUCGAUCGCCCGUCUGUGAUGGUUGCUUCGGACUGCGAACGCAACGGUAUUUGGCUAAAUCCGUCCAGUUUGAACAACGAGUUUUUUGCCCGUGCCUGUCUGGAGUGGAGGGACCGGUUAGCGGAGGGUGAAUUCACACCGGAAAAUCAGAUAAAGCUUAAGACGGAAGCGGAGAAAGAGAAGAGCAAACUGGAUCCCUGGAAGCUGAAACACUUCGAACCGAUGUGGGGUGACAAGAGUGCGGCGAUGGCGAAUGUGGGUGCCGCCGGGACGCUGCCAAAUCCGUCGCCACCGUUGACGCCGACCAAGGAGAAGGUGUCAACUCCGGAUCCGCCGAAGACGAGCACCCCAACCACAUCGAGACCUGCCCUGAAAACCACCAUCAAGCUACGACCUACAACGACGAUAGCAACGAGUACAACCGCAACCGUCGAGCCCGCUGUCCCCAGCUGCAGCGGUAGUAGCAGUAGUAAUAGCAAUAGUAGUACUAGUAGCAGCAGCAGUAGUAAUAUGCCGCCCGCCGGCAGUAGCGGUACCAGCAUCGUCCCCGUUGUGGCUCCAUCGGCAGCCAUUUCUGUAGCUGUCAGUAGUCGUACCAGUGCCUCCCAGAGCUCUCUGUCUCCUUCUGCUACUUCCUCACCGAAGCGAGUUCGAACGGUAGGAGCCGUGACACGAGCUGCUGCAUCAGCCGGCCAACAGAAACAGCAUGUGUCCGACCACCUGCCGGAAUCACUCGCGGUAGGAGAUCGUGAAUCACCAGCCCGGUUGAGCCGCGUACGAGUGGAAUCGCCGAAACCUUCCACAUCAUCAGCAUCGCUGACGCUUUCUACUCCGGUACUUCUAGAUGAAGUAGAUUCCUCCAGUCCCGCCGGCAGUAUGGUCAGCGGAAGUCUAAAGCGAGUACACAAUCGAUCCCUAACGCCAGAAUUAAGCAAUAGUAAGAUAUCGAAAUCGUCGGACACCAGCGAUAGUAGUUCAUCUCAGGAACCUCCCGCCAGUAGCGCACUGAAACAAACACAAAAGGCUAAAGAAGAACUCACUGCAGAGCAGCCAGUUUCAACAGCAGUAGGAGUUGUUCUAGAGGAUGACGAUGAUGAUGUGGAAAUCGGUCAGGAUGCCGUUAUCGAGGAAAUCCCCGAUGACGAUCCGGAUGUAACGGAAGUUAUAAUGGAACACACGUUUUCACCUUCGCCAGAACCUGCCAAUCAGUACGAUAGUUCUAAUUCCAACUCGAAUCUUAACGAUCAACGACAUCGGUCUCAACUAGCGAUACAAACCUCUCAGCAACAGCAACAGCAGCAAACUGUAUACGACCAACAAACUGGUCAGAUCUUUAACAUUGUCUGUAUCGACUCGCCUGUGACAGCACCGGCUUCAACGAGCCACAUGGUCUCGACAGCGGCGGAUAGUCCCUCCGCAGCCAGUAGUAAUAGCAACAGCAACUACCCCGGCGGUAGAAGAACUGAAACCGAAGCUGAAUGUUCCGAUUUUCGAGAACAGCAUCAAUUUUGUCAUGAUAGCAAUAGUAGCAGCACUUCGACAACCGCUCUGAUGUCGUCCAGUGAUCAGGUGCCAGCGAACGCGUUAAGUAGCUUUGAAAAUGUGCUUCAAAACAACGAGGAACUGGUUAUAAUGCAACGAGGCGAAGCCUCGAACGAUGGCGCCGGAAAUGACAGCAAUGGAAGCUCGGAGGCUAGCAGCAGUGGCGGUAGUCAGAGGACGGGACUUAGUCGAACGGAGGUUAAUAUGAAUCUGACCGCUUAUCAUCAUGACCACGAGUUGCUACAUCAAAGCGUUAGCAGUGGAAUGAUGCUGGGCGGAGCCAGUGGAGAAGAUCGAAGGGGAGGAACGGGCGCGGGAGAAGACGACGAGGACGAUGAUAAUGAAGACGAGCUGGGUGACGAGGCGAACUGUGAUAAUAAUAAUGAUUCCACCAACGAUGGCGAAGAGGAUGAGGACGACGAGGAACAGGUAGUGCAUCCGUUGAUGACAGAAGGAUCAGUGAUAGGAGGGUUGGUGGAUGGGGGGCUACCCGAGGACGAACUGCACGGGCUGCAGUUGCUUGCGGCGGCGCAGCAGCAAUCGGUCGGAUCGUCGGAUUCGGGCGAGGAGGACGACCAGAUGGACGAGAAGUUUAUCGAUGCGGAGAACUACGUGCUGGAAAGCGGUGAAAUUAGUGCGGAGAUCGACACGAUGGGCCUGCUCGCCGACAGUGCCGAGGAGGUGGGAGUGGAUCUCGGUAUUGCCGGGGUGGCCGAAGCCGGUCCCAGCAGCCACGACGAGGACAAUCUAAUAAUCCUCCACGAGCUGGACAUCAAGGAGGAGGAGGAGGAGGAAGAAAAUGACGAAGACGAUGCUGAUGAUGCUAUCCGGGAAGGUGGAACCCUCGAGGAAGAGGAGGAAGAUGACGACGAAGAGGAGGACGAUGAUGACGAGGAAGAGGAACCGGAUCAGCAACAGACAACAACAACAACAGGUGGUACUACUGCGGUGGAGGUGGGUGUGGUGGAAACCCAAUCCAUGUGUCCGAGCGAUCUGGACGGGUUCGACGGAAUCAAUGCAAUCAAGAUGGAGACUGAUAACAUUUUUGACAGUGGCGACUGGCCCUUUAAGGUGAAGCUUGAUCCGAAGAUGAUGCUGGUGGACCAGCUGGAUCCUAGUAGUAUUAUUCUCACUCCGGCGACGUCGGCCAUCAGUGGGCAUCAGAUAGCCGUUAGCAGCGGUAACGUACAGCAUCAGAUGCAGUUUCAACAACAGCAGCCGCAGCAGCACCAGCAACAGCAACAGAUUCAUUCCAUUCAGGCUGCUCAGCAGCAACAGCAGUUACUUAAUCAACAGGUGCUGAUACAGCAGGCUCAACAUCAGCAGCAACAGCAACAUCCGCAACAGCAGCAGCAGCCACAUCAACAACAGCCACAGUUAAAUAUGCUGCAGCUGCAGCAAUUUCAGCAGCAUCAACAACCGCAGCAUCAAGUACUGAUCCCGCAGACGAUGACGACCGGAGGCAGCAGUAUUCUUUCAUCAGAGGUUAAGGACGUCCGAGCAGUGAUAAAAACCGAACCGACCAUAUCGGGGGUAACUUUCCAGGGUCGACCAGCAACCGGUCAAUUGAUCACCAGAAUCAAAAUCGAAAACGGCGAGGAUGGUCAAAAGCUGCACGUUGUUUCCUCCCCAGCUACGGAUAGCAUGGCGCGGGUCAUCGAAAGUGUAGCAGGAAACUAUACCGCCACAAUUCCGGUGACAACGCAGGCCACACUCUUACAGCAGCCACAACAUCAGCUGCAGCAGCACCAACAACCGCAGCAUCAUCCGAUAUUUCAGCAACACGUGAAGCUGGAAUUGGAUGCCGGCCAGCAACAACAGCAGCAGCAGCUUGUCCAACAAGGGCAACCAAAAUUUAUCAUAACUUCUCGACAAAUUACUAACAAAAUACCCAUCACUGUAACCAGCAGCCCUUCGGGACAGCUUCUCCAGCAGCAACAGCAACCAACGGGGAUGGGUGGAACCGUCACAACUACCCUACAGAAACCGAUUCAGCUGCAGAAAAUAAUCAUGUCCACUUCGAGUCUGCAGCAGCAACAGCAGCGAGCUCGGUUACCUCUCCAGAGGACACAACUUGUUCAGCAGCAGCCGCAAACUCAAUCUCAGCAGCGAUUUCAGCAAAAAUUUGUAACCAAUCAGUUGAUUCGCGGUCAGAAUGCUGCCAUCAUCAACAGUGUACAAUUGCAGCAGCAGCAGCAACAGCAACACCAACAACAGCAGCAGCAGCAACAGCAACAGCACGCCCAAGCACUGGCCAAUCAACAAGCUCAGCAAGCGGCAGCUACCGUUGGAGCGAACGUUGUUAUUGGUCCAACCCCGCGAAAGCGGUUGGAAAUCUCUGCCGGAGGCACUCUCGUUGCUCCCGUUGGGUCAGCAGGUCGGCGAGGUGGUCGGACUAGCAGUUCACGCCUCCCGCCAGGGGCGGUUAAUCUCGAACGGAGCUACCAGAUCUGCCAAGCUGUCAUACAGAACAGUCCUAAUCGGCAUCAGUUGCGGGCUCAACUGAAACCACCGCAGGCGUUCCUAGCCAGUUCUAACUCGAACUCGAGCAACAGUAGCAAUAGCAACGGAAGCACCGGCAGCAGUAGUGCCGGCAUCGGUGCAGGUGCAGCAACCGGUAUCUUGAAAGAUGAACCUACCAGUUUCGGUGGGACAGUUAUUGGGAAUAAGAUUGGUCCACGGUUAGUUAAUCCAAAAAGAAUUACCACUAUCGGCCGACAGCCUUCGUCGAUCCUUGUGCGACAUGUAUAUACCACCGCUGGCCAAUCGAAUCCCGGUACAAUUAGUAUUAUAUCAACGUCUCAACAACAACAGCAACAGCAGCUGCAGCAUCAGCAGCAGCAGCAGCCUCAUCAAAGCAAUCAACAGCGUAUCAUAACUGCCACUGAGGCAGCUGAACUGCAGCACGCUCAGAUCAUCAGCAUGGCCGGCCCGGGAGGGAUGAGCAAUCUAACGGUAUCGGGUGGUGGAACUGCCGGUGCAGGUUCCGGAACCGGUAACAGUUUCGGCGGUAAAUACGUACUUGUGCAACGGACUCACAUCGGUGAUAUCGUAACGCCGCGGGCGGCCAGUGCUCCACCGACACAGAAUCAGCAGGUUAAUUCAGUAACCGGUGUCCCAAUAACGCUAGCGGGUCGUGGACGGCCAGCUUCGGUAGAUAUUGAUACACCUGUCUCCCUUCCUGAUUCUCAACAGCAACAGCAGCAGCACCAGCACCAGCAGCAGCAGCAACAACAACAACAAGUGCAAAUUAUUACCCAUUCUGUGCAACAACAUUCGCAACAGCAGCAGUCAAUAGUUGGACCUAACCCCGGCAUCCAAGCCGUAACCCGUCGGGGUCCUACCACUCAUGUAAUCUCCUACGGUGACAUUGGUACGGAAGCGGUAAACAGUCAGCACAUUACCCAGGCGUCCGGUACAUCAUCAGUCGGAUUGGAUUCCAGUGGCAAUCACACCAUUGUCACGUCCACCAACGGUCCAACGAUGGCAGCUGUGUCCCCUGUUGCCGGGUACAGUAUCUCAUCUACUUCGGCAGCAUCGCCCCUUCCCGCCGGUAGCGGUAGCAGCAGCAGCAGUAAUGGAAGCAGCAACAAUAGUAUCAUUAUUAGCAGCAGCAGCAACAACAGCGGUAGUAACACCUGUAACAACAAUAAUAACAGCACUAUCGGUAUUAUCAAUAAUAAUAAUAAUCAUAGCAGCAGUAGUAACGUCAGUAAUAGUAGUAACAGUAGUAAUAGUAGCAACAGCAGUAGCAGCAGCAGCAAUGGAAACGGGCACCAUCCGCAUCCCCAGCAACAUCAGCAGCAUGGCGCUGCCGCAUCCUGCUCUUGCUCUCUGAACGCAAUGGUAAUCUGUCAGCAGUGUGGCGCUUUCUGCCACGACGACUGCAUCGGUGCUUCGAAAUUGUGCGUGUCCUGUGUCAUCCGAUAAAUCCGAUUCGAUGGAGCCCAUCCGAUUGAAAACUAUUGAAUAAUGAAUGGUUGAUAACAAAGAUAACAACAGAGUAAACCAGGAACAUUAAGUCUGCCACCGAAUUUUUCACUCGAAAUACACACAUACACAUACACACACACAUACAAAGAAUCACUAACCAUUAAAGCCUGUGCAAAGACUCACUCCUAGCAUGUAGGGAUUCGAAUUUCGUUUUUUCGACAAUACGUCUACUUGCUCUUGCUCGUUUAUUCUUAAAAAAAACAUUUUUGCGGCUUUGUUGUUACAGGAUGAAAUAAAAAAUAACUAAAUAACUGAAUGAACAAGAGGAGAAUCCAAACUGUGAAUACUACUUUUAGGGUCUACUAACCGGGAGUACCGGAGCAGUUUUUUGCGGUACCUUCGAAUCAUGAGUGUGUAUUUUUUGCUACGUCAAGAAAACCCAAACGAGUGUGAAUUGUGGUUGGUUCUGAAUGCCGGGGAGUGAAAGGAUCGACUGAAUGUAGCUCAAUAAUGCUUUAGUUGUUAGGUUGUUCUAUAAUUUAUCCAUCCUUGGGAGUAAGAAAGCCGCACGAGAUGAGCUGCUCGAUUGGUAAUUAAUGUGCGGAAAAAGACUAGAUAACCUUCUAGUACUAAUUAUUGCUAAGUAUGAUAACAUUAUAAGCUAAAACACGCUGAAAAAAAAGCAUAAGGGACAAAAUAAUAAACUAUAAUCUGGGAAAUUGAAUUCUUCAAAAAAAUGGUAGUUUAACGUUUUGGUUUCUGCAUUGAUUUAAACGGAAAGAGAAAAUCUGUGAUUCAUACUACUUGGACGGUUGGUAAAAUGUUCCCGCCCGACGGACGGACGGGCGGGGUGGCAACAUUUACUAUCAUCAAUGCCGUUUUUUUCUUUAAGCGAUUUCCGCUCGCGGUUGCAAUGUUAGCUUUCGUUUAUUUAUUCUUUAAAUUGUGUCAAUUUUUCACCGGUGUCAGUUCUGUUUCACGAUAAUGCUGCCACGUUUAAGUUUGUCAUACAAAUCAGUAUAAAAACAAUCAUAAUUAGCCCGUAAGAACUGCGCGCGCGCGUGUACGCAUAAACGUUUAAGUGCUCUACUCCAAGGUUUGCCUUUAAGUUCGUUUAUUUUAAAAGAAGCCGCCUAGUUUUUAGUUAGGUAUUAUUUUAUUAAAUAACUACUCAAAUCCGCUAUCUCACAAGUAAAUUCUCCGUGACGAAUGAUAAAAAUGGGGCACCUUUGUUCAAUCUACUGUUGAAAGAAAUCCAUUGAAAGAAUGAUACGAAUUCGGUUUUCAAACUUACAUUUAUU